AUGCGAUUACUCAAUACCAGAGACAAGAUUCUGACGGAAUUCUUUGAAGAUUGUCCCGAAUAUGCCAUCCUCUCACACAUGUGGGGGCAUGGUGAGGUUACUUUCAACGACAUCGAUAAGCCACACGCGCAGACCAUGGCUGGGUACGAAAAAAUCUCAAAGUGCUGUCAACAAGCGCUCAGCGAUGGAUUCAUGUGGGUCUGGAUCGACACUUGUUGCAUUGACAAGAGUAGCAGUGCUGAACUGUCAGAGGCAAUCAACUCGAUGUACAAUUGGUAUUGGCAGGCUGAAAUAUGCUAUGCCUAUCUUCAAGACGUCCAACAUCCUAUCAACUCAGAGCUGGGUCCGUUUCAUUCUGAUUUUGUUAAGAGCAGAUGGUUCCGCCGAGGCUGGACGCUGCAGGAACUACUGGCGCCUCCGAGUGUCGUUUUCUUCGAUCAAGACUGGAGACGCUUUGGCACCAAACACGACAUGUACAUGAUCAUCAAGAGGGCAUCUGGAAUCGAUGAGCGGCACAUACGGCACCGUGAAACAGUUUACGAUGCUAGUAUUGGCACCAUCUUCAGUUGGGCCUCCAAAAGAGAGACGAAGCGGCCCGAGGACGUCGCGUAUUGCUUAUUGGGCUUUUUCCGUGUCAGCAUGCCUCUGUUAUACGGGGAAGGCACCCGAGCCUUCUAUAGGCUUCAAUUAGAGCUGCUCAAGCAGACAGAAGACCACACCAUAUUUGCAUGGAAUCCACAAGAAGGAGAAGUUUACGAAACUAUGGGCAUACUGGCUCCAUCUCCCAAACAAUUCCAGGGUAUACCCAAUAUGGAACGAGCACCUCUACACUACGGGAUAGCGUUGAACCACAAGAAUGCGGAUACAACGUACGAAAUGACAAACAGAGGCCUGCGGAUUGCUUUACCUCGUACUGAGAAGCAUGCUGAUGGAAAACUGAGGAUUCUAGCAGGCUUGACGGUUAAGAUGAGCUCUACUAGUGUGACGUGGCCCAAGCCAUAUGCGGUCGUUGUGCUCGAAAAGAUUGGCCCAGAUCGUUACCGCAGAGCGCCGGGGACACAAGUACGCACUGUUGUAAGCUCAGGGCUUUCGAACUCAUAUACGCACAGGAUGUACAUCGACGCAGAGAGUCGCCUGAAAGACACAGCAGCACUGCAUAGAGCGCCGUGUCCUAUGAAAAUCACGAGUUUGCAUUGCGAAUUUGGAAGCUACGAAGUCCAUGGUGUUGCCAUCUACCGCAACGGAAAUGUGCAGCCGUGGAGGAAUGGUGAAGCACAGCUCAACCUCCAAGAACUUAUGGUUUCCGACAAUGAAUGGGCCAGUAUAAGGUUCAGCGUCCAGAACACACCAUUCACCAUCACCAUUGGCCAACACCAACGGAGAGCUGGAUUGUUGGUAACAUAUCCAACGCCACCCGAGACAACGACCGAUACGAAAGCAUGGACAAAGAUUGUGCAGAAGGAGUUCAAGAUUCAACGAGACCGCAACCAGAAUACGCGCGCGCACGAAACGUGGCAUCUAGAUCCGAACCUCAUCAUAGAUCUUAGAGCAAGAAAAUCGAGGACUAUUGAGGAUGGUCCACGAUGGACAAUAGCAAUCAAGAUUCUGGAUGAAAAAUGGGGUGUUCCAACGGGAGAUUUGGCCACCAUACAGGAGCAACUACGCUUAGCCGGGGUGUAG